AUGUCUAAUCUUUCCGCUCCAAUCCCCACUGAAGCCAACAUACCCAUACCUCCUAAGCCCGUCGGAGUGUGUCUUGUCGGUCUCGGCAGGGCUGGCAAGUUCCAUAUCGAAGCCCUAGGUAGACUCGGCCCACGGGUCGUUAAAAUCCUCUAUGUUGUUGAUGUUAAAGAGGAACUCGUUGAGAAGCGAGCCAAGGAACUAGGCUGUAUUGGUCUUACCGAUAUGAAGGAAGCUAUGGCAGACCCCGAGGCGAUACCCUACCAUUCAUAG